GGGGCGGCCCAAGAUGGCGGCGCCCUGAGCGGCCCGGCCGAGCCAUGGCGGCCCCGGGAGAGGCUCCGGGGGAGGCCCCGGAACCGCCCCCGGGCCCCGGAGACCCCCCGGCCGAGGCGCUCCGGGCCGUGCUGCGGCCCAGCGGGGCCCUGCCGGCCGAGGCGCUGCCGGUGCGCGGGUACGACUUCGCGAGCGGCCCCGACCUGGCGGAGCUGCUCCGCUCCUUCCGCACCACCGGCUUCCAGGCCACGAGCUUCGCGCGGGCCGUGGCCGAGAUCCAGAGGAUGAUCUCGGCCAAGCUGCAGCCCCUGACUCCAGAGCAGCGGGAGCGGGGGGCCCUGGCGGGGCCGCGGCCGCCCUCGGGCUGCACCAUCUUCCUGGGCUUCACCUCCAACCUCGUGAGCUCCGGGGUCAGGGAGAGCAUCCGAUACCUCGUCCAGCACGGAAUGGUGGACGUGCUGGUGACCACG